GGCUUCAAGAAAGAGGAGAAGGACGGAAUUAGUAACAUCUUCCUCGAGCGUGAUUGUUGAGGGAGAUUCAACUUCCAUAGCCAAAUCCUCCGAGGGGGGAGGCGAUAAGCGCGGGAGGUGCUCAGGGAAGAGGCCUGGAUGCGUCAGGGGUUAUGGCAUAGACUAUGAUCAUGGUGGAAUGUCAGUACUCUGGAUAUCGAGGUCGAUUGGUUGCGUGAAUGAAUACAAGUUCAUCAAUCUGAAAGCGGAGGAGGUCAGCGGUAAAGACAUGGACGUAGGGUCUUUUAAGGAAUUGCUCAAGCAGAAGAUUUCGCAUGGAGGUUGCGCGACAGAGGAGACCGCGAGCGGAUCCAGCGAGGUCGUGAUCGACUAUAUUGCACUGAAUGGAAUUUGGGUGGAAAACAACAAGUACAAGUUGGAUCAUCUCAUUCCUCUGCUCCGUAGUCAUCGACCACGAUGGGUUGUGGCUACCGUCACGAAGUCCGCUCUUUCCAGUGGGGUACAGAUUUUCGUGAAGACUCUAACUGACAAGAUCUUCACAGUGGAAGUGGACUUGUUCGAUAGGGUGUGCGAACUCAAAGACAGGAUCCACGAUUUGGAAGGGAUCCCUCAAGAUCAACAACGACUUAUCUUUGGUGGAAAACAGCUCGAAGAUCGCAAGAUGCUUGCUGAUUACAAAAUUCAGAAGGAGAGUGUUAUUGCCAUUGUCCUACGACUACGCGGUGGAGGUCCUGGAGGAGCAGCGCCAUUCGCUGACGUCAGUCGACAGGACUGUAUGGAGACGUUGGACUUUUCCGACGAUGCGCCUGACUGGCGAGUAUGCAACUACGGCCUAAAUGUUGAAGGCAAGUGUGUGAACAAGGACUGCAAAGCAUUUGACCAUAUGGUGAUCGACGGAAGCUUCCGUAAUAUUUUCAACUUGUCGACGGACAAAGGUUGCUGUCCGAUAUGCGCGAAGAGUUUCACACCCAUAACUUGUGGUUUCUACUCCUGCAAGUGGAGGUAUGAAGGCAUCAAGUCAUCGGACAAGGUGCACCUGAGUAGCGAUUGGAAAGAGGCAUUGGGCUACCGCUAUCACCGCUUUAGUGACGAGCAGAAGAACGCAACCGGAUGGGAUUCGCUCCUCAUCAUGCCUUUCUGUGCUCAAGCAAUCAAAGACCAUGACAUUGUUACAUAUUAUGAGCCGGAGGUGAUCUUGCGAAUAUGAUGUCCUUUCUCUCCUCCCCCCGACAGGUAAGAUCCAUUUUUCGGGGGUAUGGUUGACGACCUAUGAGUCAUGUUGUGGGCGGUGGAGAGGGCAGCGGUAUUUGAGAUGUGGUAGAUUGGAUAGUAGUAUCAUAGACUCAUAGUACGAUGUUUCUCUGGACCAUUUCUCCUAUGUAUUUCCAAGGGACGCCGAGCCCAGUUCUCAGCACGUGCUGCUCCCCAUGAAUAGAUUGCAGCCUUUUUUCAACAAAAAAAAAAGAAAACGAUGGUUCUCUGGGUAGGAGGCUAAGGAGGGGUCCACGGACUCCGUGUUAAUAGGAGGUAUACGGAGCAGGGGAAGGAAGGUAGUAGCUGGUAGCUGUGCAUUUCCCCAUGGUGCAAGGGCAUGGUGGGUCGGGACUCGGGACGGUGACGGCAGCAAGGUGAAAGUAGAAGAGAGGUGGUGAGGUGACUGAGGUCACAUCUCUGUCCAAUGAGCAGUUAAUCCCCUCGCUGCCCUCCGGAGGGGGCAAUCAAUGCUGCUCAUCAGU